AUGGCCAGCAACUCAACAUCGGAAGUUAUGUCUGCAAAAUCCUCUAAACUACCUUCGCCUAGACCGACGUCGCCUGAAUCUGUUUCGAUAGCCUGCAGGACUGCCUCGCUUUUGCCUCAACCCGAUCCACGGUCUAAAGAUGAGCCGACAAGACCUGCCUGCGUCCCAGGGCAGGCUGAAGAGCCGUCUCUAGUACCACCAAGUGACAGUAACAUCCAGGGGGGAUUAGGCAGCUUGAACCGUUGGUCUCAGUCUACCGCAUCUAGCAAAGAGUUGCCCGAUAACUUUAGCCAAGGAGUACACCCUAAGGUGUUAAAUGAUGAUAAUUGUGGCUCUCCUGGGGGCGUGCACCGGUCAAACCGGGCAAACUCAAAUGCUUCCCCUAAAGCUACCGGCGCACUGGUUAACAAUGGACAUUACCUGAACCCCUACUCAAACGACUUAGUAAAUCCGGAUAUACCGAUGCUUGAACUUCCAGGAAUUGGUACAUCGUCGACUUUCUCAACCAGCCUUGUGGAUACAAACACUUCACAUCUUGACCCUACAUCUCUUGAGUCUACAGCUCUCACUACAGACGUUUUCCAAAAUCCACGGUCAAAAGGGGGCACAGCAACGUCUGCAACUGAUCAAACGUCGGAGGAUAUCUUUUCUCAAAGCAUGUAUGACACCGAAAUUCCGCCUAAUGAUUCUCAACACUUGACCACUGGUAGUCGGACCGGUCACGAAAGACGACGACGGGGCCAUUCCCAAAAAGCGAUGCUCUCGAAAGCUCUUCAGAAGGCGAAUACAGCUGUUCUUCUUGACAAUGCAGCGAACUUUGAAGGCGCCAUGGACGCAUACAGUGAUGCCUGUCAGCUCCUACAGCUGGUAAUGCUUAGAAGUAAUGGAGGUAAGGACGAAAAAGUUAAGCUCCGCGAAAUUAGAGACACGUACAUGAUUCGAGUUAUCGAGCUCCAACGCAUGGAUCUCUCGUUCCGGGGACCUGAUAGCAAGGCCCUGCCAAUACGCCCUCUUAGCCAAGAGUCUUACAGUGGGCUUUCUCAAUUAAUAGAGGAUGAUAAUGGCGAGAUAUCAGCAGAAUCAAGAGCACCAUAUCUCGACCGGAUUCCACCGAGGCGCCAGUCUCUUUUACCUAGUGUAAUUGAUAGCUCCCAAUUCGAAUCAUUGCCUAGCACAUUGGGAGUGGAACAACAAGUGACAACAAUUUCAUCCGUUGAGGAGCGUGUUUCAGAGACAAAUGUUCCAGAGAAUCUGGAUGACUGUCCACGAUACUCUGAGUUACCAUUGGCGACGACGCACACAAGCGAUAUUUAUGAAUCAACUUCCUGGCUUGAUACUAUUGACGAGUCUGGCGCAUCUUCCCCAGUAUCCAUGGGCUCCAAAGCAUCUUCCGUGUAUCUUCGGCACAGGGGAAGUCGCCAACUUAGUCAUGGUACAGAGGCCGAAUUCGACGCUGCCCUUGACGCUGCCGUGGAAGCUGCUUAUGAUGGAGGUCUAGAGCCAUCGGAAGACCCAGGUGAUGGGUGCAGUAGUGAUGAUAUUGUAGCAAACGCUCGCAGAAAUGUCGAGCUGGCGAAACAGAAAGUAAGAGAGGCCGAAAGAGAGGUUGAGGUGGCAAUGACGCGGGGCCGAGAUGCGUGCCAAAUGCAGGAGCUACCGACGUUUGAGCGAUCAGACGAUGUCGACUCAGAUUACCUUGAUGAAGAAGCCGAGGAAGAGGAACGUUUGUUGGAAGAAAUGACCAGAGGCUAUGUUAUGGAUGACGUUGAAUUUGGCGAUCAAUCUAAACCUGCUCUCCCACGACGAUCAAAUUCGAACAACUUUUCCAGAAAAAUCUGGGAAAGCCCGGCUUCAGUUAACAUGGCAUCACUUGGUUCAGCUCUGUCGACGCUUGCAGAAGAUACUGCUCUUUCUGCUGAGGAUACAAAGGUCCCGCAGAGCAAAUCACCUUCAAAGAAUAAUCUCAAUGUUUCUCCCAUGUUGACGAAAGCAGCCCUUCAACAACUGACUCCGGGUCCGAGUGUACGAGAACGAAGAAUGUCACACCAAAACACAACGGAAUUAAAAAUUGAAACGCACUUCAGGACAGGCUCGGACGUAUCAGGGAAGAAUGAACCUUCGGCUCUGUCUAACUUUCAUGCGUUCUCUCCUAAGGAUGAACCACAGACGAGCUUUCCUAUCCUUGAAAAUAAACCUCUGGACAGCAGCUCCUCCUUACGGCCUACAGGAAAUUCUUGUAAGCGAAACGUCUCUGUCGACUCCAUCACUGAAGAGACUUCCACAAAAUCGGGCCUCAGCCGGACUUUGGAAAACGGGGAUAGUGUCGAGACAGCGAAAACAUCGUUACCGGCCCGUCAAAUUGGGAAACUUCUGUCAGGCCCAGAUAAUCUGGGCAAGUCUAGCACGGGUCCGAAGACAUUUCGCUCCAGAAAUGUAUCAAUUCAUGGUCCUGAUCCAAUCUUCGAAUCCCCAAGCACUCCAUCAAGUAAUGCAUUCCCCACCUUGGAUCAUCAAAGGGGGACGGUACCUACCGUGAUGCCAAUUUUGCCUACACCCUCUGGAGCUAAUUUCGUUCCAAAUGGUCUUCCUAGCGGUGGGCUAUAUUUGUUCGACAACCACAUUCAUUCUCCAACUAGCCUUGGCUCUCCAAAUUUGAUGGCUGCAAAUGCCCCUCUUCCUUUGGAGCCAUGUCCCGAGUCUUUCCUUCUGCGCCCUUUUUGGCUCUUGCGGUGUAUUUAUCAGACAAUCUCUCAUCCCCGUGGAGGCUAUUUGACGACAAAGUUAUUUGUUCCUCGUGAUGUGUGGCGAGUUAAAAAUGUUAAAAUAAAGGCAGUUGAGGAAAAAAUCUCAAACUGUGACUUAUUAACUGCGGCGCUGCUCAAAUUGGCAAAGGUGGAUACCUAUGAUGCUGAUGCCGUGUUGGAAGAAAUGCAAUCGUUCGAAAAUAUUUUGGAUCAGGUACAAAUCUCAUUGUCGAAGAAAAUCGGCAAUGAAGUUGGUGUUCAAGGAGCCAUACCCCUUUUCAAAUCUCCCCAAGGCAUAGAUGACACGACAAGCAUCGAUACUUUGCCUCCUAAAACCUCUACUGGCCCAGGGAAGUCAUACCUGAGUUCUUGGCGCAAAUUGCGGUCCAAAAAUUCUGGAUUUGGUGCUACAACAUCCCAGCCCAGCUCAAAGGAUGCCAGCAAGGAUAAUUUAACAAUAAGCUCGCUUCCUAUGACUCUGAUACCUAAUUCUCAUCUUACCAAGCACUCCACAACGCAGUUACAAUUUAAUGGACCUAAUGCGAAUUAUAUGGGUGCUUUGGCCCGACUAUGUGAUGCAGCUCAGAUCAAAUUGCCCAGCAGGUUGAAGAUCCAGGUCUAA